GGACGCCAUACUAGAUCUAGCGACUGUGUGUGGAAAGGAAGAUUAUUACAAACAGAUGCUUCUGGAUCUUCGUGAUAAACCACUAGAUACCAAUAUGUUUCGUCAAUAUGAAAGGGUUCUGUUACAGACGAUAAGCAACUAUGAGGAUAUCAUAAAAGAAAACGAGGUGCUGAAUGACGGAAUUGAGUCACUUAAAAAUUCAAACGAAGAAAUGAAAGAAAAAAUAGAAAAGUUGUGUAUAUUACAAACAGAAGGGCCGAAGAGAAAAAGACUCAUCGAUGAAACAUCUGAUGAAAUUGAGAUUCACGAAAAAGACGUCGCAUACAUGGAGAUAGAAGCAGUUAGACACUGUAUCCAGUUAUUAGAGAGUAAAAAUAUCGUGAUCUUAUCUGGCAGAGAGGGCAGUGGUAAAAGUAAAAAUAGUUUUAGAAAUACUGAGACAGCUCAAGGAAAAGAAAAGAAACUUUGAUGUUUUUAAAUUGACAGGACUUAAAUAUGUAUCUGACAUUGUUAAACGUAAUGUGACAAGUAUUGUCCUUUUUGAUGAUGCUUUUGAUAAAAUGUGUGAUCCAUUUUCUAACGAUAAACACAUCCUUGAUCACUUAUACUCGUACAUAACACUAAAUAAGGUCAAAUUCAUUUUUUCAAUGACAAACAGUGUAAAACAUGCAUGCCAAAUGUUAUUUUCAACUCACAGAUUAUUUGAUGAUUUUGUUGAUAUUGAUCUUAAUUCUGAGAAAUUUAAGUUGACUGAGGAAGAAAAAGAAAAAAUGUUAACUAAAUAUUGUGACAUAAACAAAAUUAGGAUAUAUGAGGGCGAUGAGGACAAUACAUUUCAAUUUCAGUCAGUAUCACAUCAAAAGGAUGCGAAAGAAACUAUUCAGUCAGGGCCAGGGCCAGCUCAUUUAAUUAUUAAAAGAAAAAUCAUGAAUGAAAUCAUACAAACUGAUCCUUUUCCUGGGUUCCCGGAAUGUUGUCGAAUAUUUACAAAGAAAAAAAAUAAUACUUCUCUAGAUAUUUUUAGCUUUUCAUGGCCUCCAAAAGCUUUAGUAAAUGAAAUUGAGAAAUUGAGAAUGGAAGGAAUAGAUAAUUAUAUGAAUGGAUUGAAGUAUGUCAUAUUGAUUUAUGUACUAACACUAGGCCGAAAUCAAACUGCAAGUCAUUCAAGGCAUGUCACAUUCCAAAUUGGCAGAAUUUUUGAUUAAUGUUUUUUGUAUUCUCACGACUUGAAUGGCGAUUUGAAAACGGUUCGUGUAUGCGUCACGGAGAAAAUUGAUGCACAGGCCUGUAACGAAAUUUUCAAUGUCUGUUACAACAAGAAUAAAGAGGUUUGUAAAUCUGAUGUAGAACUCAUAUGUCAAGUAUUAACAGGUCGCUAUCUAAUGAACACAAAAGGUACAUAUUCCUUUCAACAUCAAGCCAUUCAAGACAGUGUCCUCAUUUCUUAUAGCAAGAUUAACCCGAAAGCCAUCAUACCGCUUCUUCGUCUCAACCACAUGAUAGAUAUUGUUCAUCCACAAAAUCACAUGGAACAGGCAGACGACAUUGUUAUUAAAAUACCAAAACCAUAUUAUCAUGAAUUUGCCAAAAUAAUACUUGUAUUAAUAGAUAGUAUAUGUUAUGACCAAAGCAAACUUGAUAGAUUUAUGAAAUCAAGCAUAAUCACAGAAAAUGAUGAAGACCUUACAUAUCAAUUGAUUGCAUGUAUACACAAUAGAAAUGAUACCGUACUAUGGCCUCGUUUAUUAACGACAUUUAGAUCGUACACCCAUCAUUAUUUUCCAUUAUAUUUGCUCAGAAGCAUAGGAAAACUUGAUAAAAAAAUGUUAACUGUAAAUCAUACUAAAGAUCGAAUGUUAAUAUCAGUUACCAUUGCAGACAAACAUACUAGCAUUUGCAUAGAUCCUAAUCUUUCUAUUCAAAUAGCAUUUCGAUCAAAAUAUAAAGACAUCAUUAAAAGGUUGUUAAAGAAUACCGACCAUGUAUUGCUCGAUUUUACAAAUAUCUUCGAUGAAACAAAACCGGAUAGAGUUCUUGGAAAUACAAAAUUGCUAUUAGAGAAUGUAAAACAUAAUAUGAUUGAUAUGACGCAGUUAUUUAUUAACGUAGGCUUCCGCACGAGCGUCGAAGAAAAACCUGCACUAGACUGGAUAGUGGAUAAUGUCGAUAAUUCUUUAAUAGAUUAUCAUAGAUGUAUAGAAGAAAUGUUAGUUGUGUAUCAGAAUGAUAUAGUUUUACAUAUACUAGAGAAGGUUAACCACAGAUGGUUGAAUAUUAAUGCAAUAGUCAAAUUAUGCUGUGAAGUUGGAUGCAGUGAGAUAGUAGAAUGGGUGCUUGAGAACAUUGAUAAUGAAUUAAUUGACGAAGAAGAAUUAAUCAACACUACGAUUGACGGAUAUGAAAAAGUUAAUGACUGUGAUUAUGAUGAUGAUGAUGAUGUUUGUAAAUUUUGUAUUGGUUUUAUCAUCAUUUUAGAACUGUUUAUUUUGGAGAAACCUGGAAUUUUAAAAUAUUUUGACUUCAACAGACUUUUUGGUACUGCCAGUAGAAAAAAGUGCUGUGGUGUUUUAAAAUUAUUAUUUGAACACGACAGUAAGUUAUCAAUCAAUACAGAUCAAAUCAUUGAAGUAGUAUAUAAACAUUUCGAAGAAGAGGAAGAUGAAGUAAAUGAAGAACAUUGCAUGAAAAUUGUUCGACUUAUGAUGAAAUACUAUUUAGAUAUCGACGUCAAUAAAAUAAUAAAGAAAGCAGUUGAAAUUGGACUCCCCAAUAUUGUAGAAAAAUUGUUGUUGGACAAAGUUGUCAAUAUGCAUGAUAUAGCACAUUAUCUCAAUAUUACAUUAGACAAAUUGCGGCGUCAACAGCUUAAUUAUAGUUUUGUAUAUUUUGACCGAGGCCGUGGAAAAUUACUUCUGUUACUUUUACAAAGAGUAAACACAAAAUUCAUUGAUUUAAACAGUAUUAUGAAUGAUGUUUGUCAUAUUGGUCAUUCAUCAGCUGUACAGUGGCUACUGGAAAAUAAACCUAAACAUACUUUCAUUAUUAGGAAUAUAAUGAACAAAGCCUGCUAUCAUGGGGAUCUUAAACUUGUCGAUUAUCUUUUUCAAAAAUAUAGUGCGGCAGAUUUUGAAUAUAAAACUGCAAUGCUUAAGGCUUGUCGAAAUUCGAAGAAGCAAACGUUAGAUGUUUGUAAAUGGCUAUGGGCAAAAAUUGACCGUGAUUUGUUUGAUAUGAAGGUAGCACUGAAUAAUGCAUGUAGAUGUGACAAUAUUAAAGUUGUAACAUGGAUCCUUACUGAUGUUGACAAGGGAUUAUUUGAUACAGAAGCUGCGCUGGUCUUUGCUUGUGAACAUGGUAAUUUAAAUACAGUAGAAUUGCUUUUGGAUAAAUCUAGUAUAAACAUGAUUGAUUUUAAAUAUGCCAUUACACUAGCGUGCAAGAAUGAAAGGAGUGGUUUCCAAAUUACAAAACUAUUAUACGAACGUGCUGAUAAAUCAAUUUUGGAUACAAAUACCAUAAUAGCAGACGCUUGUAAAUGCUUCAAUAACGAUAUUAUACAAUGGAUAAUAGAAACAUGUGACCAAAAUAUAACUGUAGCUGACAAAAGCGACGCAAACCCGAAUUUGAUUAAUAAUUCCGACAAAAAUAUAAUCGACAUGAACCGUGCAAUAAAUUGUAUUAUUGAUAUGGAUGCGCCUGAGAAAAAAACGAAGAAUUUAGAUGACACUAAGUAUAACCUUUUAUGUCUUAUCCUUAAGCAAUCCGAUCUAAGGAUGAUUGAUCUUAACAAAAUUUUGACAGAAUCCUGUAAAAAGGACUGGUUAGUAAUGUUCAGAUUUUUACUUGGAAAAGUUAACCAUGCAUUAUUUAAUACUCGAGAAAUGAUAAAUCUCGCAUGUCAAUGUGGGGCGUUCGAUAUCGUCAAAUGGGCGUUAGAAAACAUUGAUGUUAAAUAUUUAAAUGUUGAAAACGUGAUGGUUGAAUCGUGUGCCUAUGGUUGGCUUGAUUGUUUGGUUCUUAUUCAGAAACAUUGUAAUCAAUACAAAUUCAAUGUGCACACAGCAAUGGUUGAAGCUUGUACUUAUGGCCGCAUUAAUACAGCCGAGUGGCUUCUACAUAACGUUAAGUGCCAGUGUUUUAAUCUUCCUUUGCUUUUACAAGAAGCAGGUCGGAAUGGGUGGAUUAACAUUUUUUGCUGGCUUUUACGUAAGGUGAAAUUUCGUACAUGUGACAUGCAUGUGGCAACAAACGAGGCACUUGCAAACGGCCAUUUACAUAUCGUCGAAAUGAUGCUACCCGUUAUAGGCAAAAAAUGGCUUGAUCUUUCUUCCUUUUCAGAGAAAAUAUAUUUAGAUUCAAUGAAAGAAGCUGUCUUAAAAUUUUUACUACAUCAUUUUGAUCCAAACCUCCUGGAUAUAGCCACUGUGAUGACAAAGGCAUGCACAUUUGGUUGGAAAGAUACAGCAGUUUUUAUUAUAGACAAUGAUUUAAGCAGUCAGUGUGAUUUUACUUUAGCAUUUAACAAGGCGUGUGACAAUGGAGAAACAGGAAUCGUGAAAUUGCUAUUAGAAAAAGUCGACCGCCAGAUUUUAAACGUUAAGAAGGCUAUGCUCUCUGUCGCAGUUAAAGGAUGGGACGAAAUAGCUGUAUUGCUAUUAGACAAAGUCGAACAUACACGGCUAGAUAUUGGAAACGCCUUUAUAGAAGCAUGUCGGCAUGGAGAAAUAGAUAUUGUUCAAGUAAUACUGCGGAAAGUAGACAAUAACAUGCUUGACAUCAAAACAGCUUUUAAUAAAGCAUGUGAAAAUCAAAUGCAUGAAGAACUUGUCUUGUGGGUUUUAGAAAAUAUCGACCAAAAACAAGUAGAUUUGAAAGCUGUCAAAAAACGGUCAAUUCGACAUAAAUGGUGGAAAGUUCAAUUUGUAUUGACGAAGGUAGAUACUGAAGAUCUUAACCAAAUCGAACAAGAUAUUGAAACAGAUUGCAUCGUUAUCUCGUAACAAUCUAGUUGAAAUGAAACCAAUGGACCGAACUUGACUCAUUGGACGGCAAAACAAAUGAUAUAUCAUUGAUCUAAGCAAAUUUAGAUUAUUUAAACUUUCGGCAGAACAGUCGCAUUUCAUUUUGAUUAACAAUGAUUAAUGAGUGGUCUUUCUUACAGCAUUUAUAAAUAUCAAAUUAAGUUCUGAUUGUCAGUAAAUAUCUUAAAGAUUUCACUUAUCAUUUAUUAUAUAGUUGUGCAUAUUUGUCACUGUAUCGCAUUUUUAAUGUACUGCUUUGAGAUCAAAAAGUAUAAGCACCAUUAUUAAAAAAAGUGCUUCGUUGAUUCAACAA